UCCUCCAUUCUCUGUUGAUACACCCCCUGUCCACAGUUCUAUUUCUAACUCUGCCGCAGCUCACUUGACCUUCUUAGUCUUAACUUUCUCCGCCCUUCUUUCUCUCUCUGUUUCUUUCAUCUCCAGCUGUUUCCCUGCAUCCCCCCCCCCACCCCCCAUUUCAUGCUCUCUGUGUGGCUGCCGAAGGUUCAGCUGUUGUUGUGUAUUGGUAGAUGGUUGGUGUGGAUUGGCAGUGGCCCCCUGCAGCAUGUGAGUGAAGGAGAGGAGGGGUACCCUCCAACAGGUUACAGCAUUCGAGUAGAGGGGGAGAGAAGGGGGAGUACUGCUACCCAGGGUUCAGUAACAGAAGGCGAGAAGAAACAGGAGCCUUUCCCAGCACAGCCAGCUGCCUGAAUGAGUCUUGAGUCAAUUGAGAGUGGAACACCUAAGGACUAAGGACCAUUCAUUUAUCUGGAGCACAAGUCAAACCAUUGAUCACGCAUUCAAACCCAGGACAGCCAACUGUCACCCCUGACCCCCUGGACCGGAGCAGACAGACACCCGGUUAUGGACUCCCACCUGGUCACAGAGGAGUCUGUCCACUCUGAGGAAGGUGCCGGAACAAACAAUGUCGCGGAGGAUGCAGAGUUGGUGGGGGCCAUCAUGUCCAGGCGAGUCCUCCAGUCUCUGAUCACCCUGGAAGUCUGGGAGGGCUACUGCUUCGCCGAGCACCAGAUCAAGAUCAGGGAGUCACAUGACCUCUACGGAGCCGUGAUGUGGCCAUCGGCCAUAGUUCUGUGCUAUUUCCUGGACACCCAACGGGACACGUACAACCUGCUGGACAAGAACGUCAUUGAGCUGGGUGCCGGCACUGGCCUGGUCUCCAUAGUCGCCUGCCUUCUAGGCGCUGCAGUCACCUCCACUGACCUGCCCGAGGUUCUGUCUAACCUGCACUACAACAUACUCCGAAACACCAAGGGGGGCUGCAGACACAGCCCUUCUGUCACAGAGCUGUCCUGGGGUCAGGAGCUGGAACAGCGAUUCCCGCGGGCCACCUGCCGCUACGACUACGUGUUUGCCGCGGACGUGGUUUACAGCCACCCUUACCUGGAGGAGCUCCUGGACACCUUCGACCACCUGUGUCAGGAGGGAACCCAGAUCCUGUGGGCCAUGCGGUUCCGUCUGGACAGAGAAAACCAGUUUGUGGAACGGUUCCGUAGUAGGUUCCAUCUAGAGGAGCUGUACGAUCUGCCUAGUCUCAGCAUCAAGUUGUACCGAGCAUCAAGGAAGGACAAGGGUAGGACCACGCGGUCUGGACAGCCAGCCUGAAGUAAGAAGAAGUCUGGACAGCCAGCCUGAAGUAAGAAAAUGUCUGGACAGCCAGCCUGAAGUAAGAAAAUGUCUGGACAGGAGGCCUGAAGUAAGAAAAUGUCUGGACAGCCAGCCUGAAGUAAGAAAAUGUCUGGACAGCCAGCCUGAAGUAAGAAGAAGUCUGGACAGCCAGCCUGAAGUAAGAAAAAGUCUGGACAGGAAGCCUCUUUUAAGGUAAUUUCAGAAUUUUAGGUUUGAUAUUAAAAAUAAAUGUUUUUAUUUUAGGUUUAGUGUUAGGGACUAGGGUGUUUUAUUUAUUUAAUCUUUAUCUUUAGGGGACUAGUUUUUUUCUGUGUUGGUAGUACUAAAUUAGGUCAUAGUCAGUUAAUAGAAGGCUUAGUUUUAAUAUUAAUCAGUGUAGGUUAGGCUGAAAAUAAUAAAGGAAUGAAGAUUUAAGAGGAAUGUUUUCUUUCUCACAUUUUGUGAUAUGUUCCAUAGCUGUCCACAGUUUUAUUCAACUCAUUAUGUAACUUGAUGUAUAAAUAUGGUGCACAUUUUGACAGUGAUUGAAUUGCAGUUUAUCUUGAUACAGUAUAUUACUGUACUUUUAAGAACAGAGCCGUUUUAAUUAAGUUCAUGUUAAUAUAUUUAACAAUUUAUUUUGUAAUGUGAUGAUAUCCAUUGUUAUAAUCCAGUGUAUCAAUGCUAAAUAAAGGAUGCACCCAUUGUCUGGAAACUGUCAGG